GCCCGAGGGGACUCCGUUCGAGGACGGAACUUUCAAACUUACAAUAGAAUUCACAGAAGAAUACCCGAAUAAACCACCUACUGUUAGAUUUGUCUCUAAAAUGUUUCAUCCAAAUGUCUAUGCAGAUGGUAGUAUAUGUCUGGAUAUUCUUCAGAACCGCUGGAGCCCAACUUACGAUGUCUCCUCCAUCCUAACAUCCAUACAGUCCCUCCUGGAUGAGCCAAACCCGAACAGUCCAGCAAACAGCCAGGCAGCUCAGCUAUACCAAGAGAAUAAGCGGGAAUAUGAAAAACGGGUCUCUGCAAUAGUAGAACAGAGCUGGCGUGACUGUUGACCCAGGAUGAUGCAAAUGAACACUCUGUUGAUGAGGAAAAUAAACAAGGUGUCCGAGUCAUCUUUUUCCUCCUAGCAUUUACUUUGCAAGCAGAAUAGCUGUUGUGCUGUUGCCACCCUCCCUUGCUGAAGCUUCUUCUCCUUGGACAUCAGAGCGCACCCACUUCGAAGUCAGACGUUCUGUACUUGGGUUACUUGCAAAAGAGUUACUGAUGCUGAAUUCAUUUUCUGUGGCCCCUCUCCAGUCUUAGGGCAGUAUUGUGCAUUUCUGUAGUGUACACUAAGCUUUUAAUUGUAAUUGUGUUAUACACAGUGAUGCUUAUGUGUAGCUUGAUAAAAGGGAUGUUUAUAUACAUACACAUUUUUUAACUGAUAUUAACUAAAGUGCUGAUGUGUCCAGGCUGGUCAUUUCCUCUACUAUUGGUUUAGACUCCACUGCAUUUGUAAGUACUGAGUGAAGAAAUAACCUCUUGUUUCCCUUUUGUAUUGGUUUAUCAAGUCCUUACUCAUGUUUAAAAAAAAUCAACUCUUCAAUUGAUUCCCAUUUAAAGAUUUAGUAAGACCCUGGAAUGCUAGUUAGUUCUGCACUUCACAUGCAAGAUUUAUGUACACACCUACAUAAAUCAGUACAGCUGUGGUACUUGGAUCCUUGCUGAGGGUGAGAAACAAGCCCCCCCCUUUUUUUUUUUUUUUCAGUUUUAAAGGACAAGCCUACAGAAACUGCCAGGAAGUUUCUGUAGUCCUGUCAAUGAGGCAUUACUGGACAAAACCAGGUAGAGCUGUGGUACUUGGAGCAAAAAGGCCUUCCAGUCUAAGGAAGAGACAAAACCUGACCUGUUCCAGCUGUGGAAUGACUCCUCUUCAGCAUCUUUCUCCUGCCCCUUAGCUGAGAAAGAUAAGCUCUUUGGGAUCUAACUUUGCCUUGUGGAAAGUUUGAGCUAAGUCUGGGGUAGGCACUCGAGUCUCUGCAGUUUCUGCUCUUUGUAGAUGACCCCAUGUGGUUUGUGUUGAGCUACUGCUGCAUGCUGGAGUUCCUUCCCUUCAGUUUUAUGAAAGUACUUUUUCAACUCUGAAAAAACUCAUUUGUAAGUCCAGACUCACUUUUUUUGUAAGGCACGUUUGUACCUUUGGAUACAGAACCUUAAGCAGCAGUGUGGGAUGGAACCUACAGUUGUGUUGUCCACUGUUCCAGUGUCUUUUGUGUGCACAUUGGUCUGUUAGUUGAAAAGUAUAACUUUGCACAAGUAACCCAUGUAAGAAACUGUACAUUUUUCAAAAGUUGUAAAUAAAGUGUAACCUUAGUGCUUAUUGUAUAAAUAGGCAAGAA